GCCGGGCGGGCGGCCGCAGCGGGCUCGCAGCCUCGCCAGCCUCCGCCAGGGUGCGCGCGGGCCGCCGCCUCUCGGCCGUCCCGGGAGCCCAACAAAGAGCACGCGGCGCUGGCCGCCGGCACUCGCGCCCUGAGGCUGCGGCCCCGGAGCGCCCGGCGGCGAUUUCGGCGCGCGGCCGGGCGGGCGAUGGAAGAUGGAAGGAAGGAGCGCAGCGGUGAGCUACGGGGCCGGGGCGCGGGCGCGGGGUGCGCACGCGGCGCCGCUGUCCGACGUGGGGUUUGUGUUGCUUUGUCGCUGCUCUGUCCCCCAGGAUCCCGGGGCCACCUGGGUUUCUGCUGUCUCGAUAGGUGCUGGGCAGAGACAUUUGUUUGGGUGAACAAUGCAUCUGCACAUUCCCAGAGUGUUGCCAAGGCCAAAUAUGAAUUUUUGUUUGGCAGACCUGAAGGGAAAACUCCAGAUACUAGUGAUCAUGGAGGAAGCACUUUACUCCCACCAAAUGUCACAAAUGAAUUUCCAGAAUAUGGGACCAUGGAGGAAGGUGGAGAAGGCCUAAGGGCUUCUCUGGAGUUUGAUGGUGAGACUUUGCCAUGCCACCCACAAGAGCAGCAGGGUGUCCAGCCUCUUACUGGCUGCCACUCUGGGCUCAACAGUGUUACAGAAGGACCAAAAGAUGUCAGAGAGGCCCCCUCUCAAAGUCACCUCAAGGAACAAAGUUUACAGCCCAUUGACUCUUUGAUUUCAGCUCUGAAAGCCACAGAAGCCAGAAUCAUUUCUGGAACAUUACAGGCUACAAAGGUACUGGACCAAGAUGCUGUUUCUAGUUUUUCAGUUCAGCAGGUGGAAAAAGAGCUGGACACUGCCAGUCGUAAAACACAGAGAGUCAACAAACUGCUCCCUGCUGGCCAAAAAAAAUUACCAGAAAUACCUCUUUCAGCUGAAGUAACGAUGGAGGAAAGUUUUUAUUUGAGCAUCCAGAAAGAUCUCACCGCGCUGUUAACUGGAGACACUCAGGCAGAGCUUUCCCAGAUAAUGAAUAAUGGGAGGAAAGGGGCUGUCUGUGUGCAGGAGCCAUCUUGUCCUGUGGCCUCCCUUGGGAGCUCAGCAGUGACCUGCCACUCUGCAGGCAGUGUUGGUUUCUUGAAAGAGCAGAGGUCUGCUCUUGGGAGAGAGCACCCAGGGGGAUGUGAUCGAAGCAGCUCCAUGGGACGCCCAGGCCGGGUCAAACAUGUGGAAUUUCAAGGAGUGGAGAUACUGUGGACAGGAGGAGAUAAGAAAGAGACCCAGCAUCCUGUAGAUUUUGAGACAUCACUGCAAAGAACAGCCUCUCCUGACAGCAAAGAGUCUUCCAAAGUGCCACGCCAUCUCAUCUCAUCAGCUGGUUUGUGUAAUUCAAGUAGUUUAACUGAGAAUGUUUGGGAUGAAUCCUGGAAAGCUCCUUCAGAGAGGCCUGGCACUAGCUCGGGGACAUUUUCCCCUGUGCAUCUUGAUGAGAGUGGAGAGGAUGAAGUCUUCCUAAAGGAAAACAAACAGCAUCUUGAGAAGACACCUGAACCAGAGAGAGACAAGGAAAGGAUCACUGAACAAGAGGAGCACAUUAAGGUGGAAGAUGAAGACAUCCUUGGGCCUGGAUAUACGGAGGACUCCACUGAUGUGUACAGCUCCCAGUUUGAAACCAUUUUGGACAACACUUCUUUAUACUACAGUGCGGAGUCCCUGGAGACAUUAUACUCAGAGCCUGAUAGCUAUUUUAGCUUUGAAAUGCCCCUCACUCCAAUGAUACAACAGCGCAUUAAAGAAGGUGGUCAGUUCUUGGAGAGGACAUCCGGGGGAGGACAUCAGGAUGUCCUGAGUGUGUCAGCAGAUGGUGGAAUCAUGAUGGGCUAUUCUAGUGGGGUCACCAAUGGGCUGAAUGAUGCCAGCGACUCCAUCUACACGAAAGGCACCCCGGAGAUUGCUUUCUGGGGAAGCAAUGCUGGGGUGAAAACAACACGGCUAGAAGCUCAUUCCGAAAUGGGGAGCACUGAAAUUUUGGAAAAGGAGACCCCAGAAAAUCUCAGUAAUGGUACCAGCAGCAAUGUGGAAGCAGCCAAAAGGUUGGCCAAACGCCUUUAUCAGCUGGACAGAUUCAAAAGAUCAGAUGUUGCAAAACACCUUGGCAAGAACAAUGAAUUUAGCAAACUAGUUGCAGAAGAAUAUCUGAAGUUUUUUGAUUUUACAGGAAUGACGCUGGAUCAGUCACUCAGGUAUUUCUUUAAAGCGUUUUCUCUUGUGGGAGAAACUCAAGAACGAGAGAGAGUUUUAAUACACUUCUCCAAUAGAUAUUUUUACUGUAACCCAGAUACCAUUGCUUCACAAGAUGGAGUCCAUUGCCUUACCUGUGCAAUAAUGCUUCUUAAUACCGAUCUACAUGGCCAUAAUAUUGGAAAGAAGAUGACCUGUCAGGAGUUCAUUGCAAAUCUACAAGGGGUGAAUGAGGGUGUUGAUUUCUCCAAGGACCUGCUGAAAGAGACUGAGGAGCUCCUUGGGAUGAUUGAUGCCCUGCUUUCAGCAGACCAGCAGUGCAAGGAUAAGUGGAACUACCAUGGCAAAUAUUCUAUCCUGAACAUGGCUCUGUACAACUCAAUCAAGAAUGAGAAGCUUGAAUGGGCAGUAGAUGACGAAGAGAAAAAAAAGUCUCCCUCAGAAAGUACUGAGGAGAAAGCUAAUGGAACACAUCCAAAGACCAUCAGUCGUAUUGGAAGUACUACUAACCCAUUUUUGGACAUUCCUCAUGAUCCAAAUGCUGCUGUGUACAAAAGUGGAUUCUUGGCUCGGAAAAUUCAUGCAGAUAUGGAUGGAAAGAAGACUCCAAGAGGAAAACGAGGAUGGAAAACCUUUUAUGCUGUACUGAAGGGAACAGUUCUUUACUUGCAAAAGGAUGAAUACAAGCCAGAAAAGGCCUUGUCUGAAGAGGACUUGAAAAAUGCUGUGAGUGUGCACCACGCAUUGGCAUCCAAGGCCACGGACUAUGAGAAGAAACCAAACGUGUUUAAACUUAAAACUGCCGACUGGAGGGUCUUGCUUUUUCAAACUCAGAGCCCAGAGGAAAUGCAAGGGUGGAUAAACAAAAUCAAUUGUGUGGCGGCUGUAUUUUCUGCACCACCAUUUCCAGCAGCAAUCGGCUCUCAGAAGAAGUUUAGCCGCCCACUUCUGCCUGCCACUACAACAAAACUGUCUCAGGAGGAGCAACUGAAGUCACAUGAAAGUAAGCUGAAGCAGAUCACCACCGAGCUGGCCGAGCACCGCUCAUAUCCCCCCGACAAGAAGGUCAAAGCCAAGGACGUCGAUGAGUACAAACUGAAAGACCACUAUCUGGAGUUUGAGAAAACCCGCUAUGAAAUGUAUGUCAGCAUUCUCAAGGAAGGAGGCAAAGAGCUCCUGAGUAACGACGAAAGCGAGGCUGCAGGACUGAAGAAGUCGCACUCGAGUCCUUCGCUGAACCCGGAUACUUCUCCAAUCACUGCCAAAGUCAAGCGUAACGUGUCAGAGAGGAAGGAUCACCGACCUGAAACACCAAGCAUUAAGCAAAAAGUUACUUAGAGUCCAUCUGCGGCCAGGAAGUGCUGGUCAUGGAGCAAAAUAGGGUUUUUCAAGAUCUUUCUGGUAAUCCGUGAAUAUAUUUAAAAAAAAAAAAAGUCUGUGACAAAAUGGUGCAUUAGUAAUUUUUUCUAUUGUAUAUUUUUGUUAGUUUCUGUACAGAUUGUCUUUGCUCUUGAUUUCUUUUGCUUUGAUGAUUUUUGCAACUUGAUAGCUAAUGCACCUUUUCUGUGAGGAGGAGGGGAUCGUGAUUUCAGAAUGAAUUAUGUAUCCUUUCUCUUUCGGUUUUCUCUUGUUUGCAGUCUGCUCAGUUGUUUUAUGUAUUCUCAUAUCAACUGUUACACUUUUUUUUUUAAGGUUAAAGAAUUUAAUCCAUUGUGAAACACUUAACUGGACAAACUGUAGUUUUAGUAAAUUCUAGCUGGAGUUAAUAUACGCCUUUAUAUGUGAAAUCUUGCCCAGUCACAGAGGUAGAACUGAGCACUCACAGAUGCUCCAGUAAGAAUCACAGUGCUGGGAAUCUAGUUGCUCCAAUAUGAGGCAGCUUCAUGUGCAGCUUAGCACUUGUUGUUGAGAUCGGACCCUGCUGGAAGCAGGGAAAAGGAGCGUGAAGAUCGUAGGACUGAGAACUUAGGGAAGCACAUUAGCUUGCUUGAAGUGCUGAUUCCAUUUCAGCCAAGCAAGGGAAAGAGGAAGUGGAGUCAUUUUGCCUUUGAAGGUUGAGGAAAGAUUGAUAUCCAGUUAAUUUUGUUUGCUAAAGGAUGGGGGCAAUAAUCGGCCCUUGAGGAGCUGCAGCAGUAGGCAUGUGCUCAGUCUGCAGGAAUUGUUACCUCACUCCCACAGGGUCUAGAGUAGAAAUCCAUCAUCUCUAUCGUUGAUAUCUUUCCAUCCAGGAAUAGAUUUCUCUUACUCUACAUAUGUGUGUGUGUGUGUGCGUGUGUGGGCAUGGGGUUGUGUCCUGGUUGUGAUAUUGAGUUCUUCCUUCCUAACAAAAUAAUACUAAAGUGAAACAGCUUUUCUUGUGUCCUUAAGACAAAAUAAUGGAGGAAAAUGUAGCUGCAGUUGUCCACAAUGGAUAUUGGUUCUUUAAAAUAUAUCUGAAAGUAAUAGAAUGAAUUAUGGUUGGAAAACUGAGGAAUCUUCUGGUUGCAGGUGCAAAGUGACUUUGUUUAUUCUUAUCUCAGUCUCCUUGAUAGCCACUUCACUCUGCUACUACUCAACUUUCUCCUAAAAAUACUUUAUCUAUUUUCGGUCCUUUCUUUCUGUCUACUCAAAAUGGUUCUAUUAACUUUGCAGUCAUGAGCUUGUUCCAGUUACAGUCCCUUUGAAAUUCAGGGUGAUAAACAGAAUAUUCCUCUGUAGAGGAAGAGAAAGGAGUGAAAGUUUAGCCCACUGAGAUCUAGAACUUUGUGAUUUCCUAACCUUGAAACUCUGUAAUCCCUAAAGUUAAAAUCUCCACAAGUGGCACAACUUCAGAACUAAUAGAAUCACUUUGAUUAUUCUUUUUUCUCCCUUAGAAAUUUUCUCUAGUUCUACAGUUUAUUUGUUGAAGGUACUAUGACCAAAGAAUCAGCUGCUCUACAUGAAUAGCAUGGUUCCAGUGAAUUAGAGAAAACCUGCUGUAAAGCCAUGGUAGUGUCUAAGUGGUAUGUUAUUAUGAUGUACUAGCAUUUAUUUACAGAAUUAUUUAUUAACGUUUACUUCCUUCCCCUCUGUAAAUGUCCAUAUUUGCUGUUGCCCAGAGAAGGCUUACCCCUCUCUAGGGUUGCAGUUCCUUUCUUUGUAAUAAGUAUUUUGCCACACCUUUAAAAAAAAAAACUUACUUUUAACUCUCUGCCUUGUUUGGGUAAAGGCAGUAACUAAGUUUAUGUUUCAGAACUGCAAAACAAACAGGAUAGUUACCAAUAUGGCCCAUGUAUCAGAUUGAUUUUUGUAGCCUCUCACUGAAUCCAACAUAUCCACAAGCAAGUUAUCUGUCUUUCUACCUGAUAAUCUAAAUUAUCAGGAUAUUUGUUUUCUGCCUAAAUGUUUAUACUAAGCAGAGGGGAGAGAGGUACCUAGACCGUGUCAUCUACGAGCUUCAGUAACUAAAGAAAAAGGAACUUCCCUGAGUGGCUUGAAUGUGUUUGCCCACAGUCUAUGUCUAUGUAUAUAGAAUGUCUGUAUGUAUUUUACUUAUUUAAUAUACAUUGAAUGGUACCUUGCUACAGUAUUUCUGACAUUUAGAGUAGUCUUGAAAUACUCGGCUAGCAUCAGCACCACUAUAGCACUGUCCGUGUCAUAUGACUCACUAAUAUUAACUCCAGGGACUUCUGGAUAGGCUAAUAGAUCAUUGGAUACGAAGGGCUCUUUUGAAGCUUCAUUAUACCAUGUUUGCAUAGUUUAUCUUUAAAAACAAUUUUAAAGGUUCUUUUGUGAGCCAGGAUCUCAGAUUGCCAUAGCAUGAUGCUGUCCAUCUUUAGCGCAUGGGCUGAGAACACCUCUUCCCUGAGGCUUCUGAAGGUUGCUGUCUGUCAUGAGCGCAUGAAGGAGGCCAAGAGUUUAUGCUAUGGGAGGAAACAGUCACUGAUUUGCCUAGAUUCUGAGAGUCUGGCCCAUAGCCAACCACAUUUUCUUUUGGGAUAAUUUAUUUCCUGUGGUAUCUAGCCAGAAGAAAUUGAGGAUGUUUCCUUUCACAGCUGCUCCAAGCCUGUUGCCCAAUUCACGGUACAAGGGAGCACCCCUUCCCUUUCCUCUGAAGGUAUGCCACCCACCUCCGUCCCCCACCUCAGCGCCCAGGAGCCUUGGGACUUCCUUCCAUAUGAUAAAUCUUCUUCACAUCAAUACACUUCAUAUUAAUUUCUAGUAUAGAAAAUCUUGACAGCUAUCAGAAUACCUUGGUCAUAGUCUUGUUGCGAAAUUGACCAUACAGGUGGCCCAUGUAUAAAAUCUGAAUUUUAGGGGUUCGUUCCCACCUCGCAUGCUGGCUUUUACAGGGAGGUGUCUGGGAUUCCUCAUUAGCAAUCAGAACUUAAUUACUAGGAUGCAGAGUCCUUACUUUAUCGCCAGCCCAUAGGCAUUUCUGAAGUGCACUUUUCUGAAACAUCAUUUUGCUAACUCUCAGCAGUGUCUAAUUAAACUGAGCAAUACUUUUGUGAAUUUUAAUUAAUCUCAGCAAAACCAUGAUGGGAGAGAGUCCUCUGAUGGAAAUGUAGUCCCUGGAUUAUGUGUAACCUUUUUAUUGCUCUUAGAUGCAGAGGAUAGAAAGCAUUUUUUGGUGCAGUGGUCUUGUGCCAAGGAUCCCCUAUGCGUCUCCAACUGUUAUCCUAAUCUAGAAAAUGAGGGCUGGUCCCUAGGCAGAAGUGACAUGAGGAAUUAACUCUGGAAGAGGAAAAAUCUGGCUGGCUUUCCAAGGCUAAGAUAGGUUUGUAUUUCACCCUGUGGCCAAGCUACAGAACUUCUGAGAUUGUGCAAGAAUUUUUGCAACCAGCAGGGAAAGAGGCCCUCUUACUGCCUAAACACAAACUUACACUAAGCUUUUCUACUGUCCUUUGCCUAUUGCUCCCUCUAUCAUGUAAAGAUCUGGGAAGGAUGAGAGGCAGGGCCUGGUUGUCAUGAGUUGCACUCUUCUCUUUUUAACUAAUCAUUGACAAUUGAAAGAAAAUUGACGUUAAAGAAGCUUCUCCAUUGUCUUACUAUCAAAACCUUCUUGGGUUUCAUUAAUUGUCCUUGAAUUUGAGUUCCUUUGGCAUUUUUCCUUGUAGUCAUCAGUUAAGCAUGUUGCAUCCUGAAUUCACAGGAAGUUUAGCUUUGCAGGUUUGAAUCUCUGUAAUUUAACUCCCGUGGACUUGGUUGCGUUUUCAGCGGGUUGGGAGCCACCUCUCUUCAUUUCAGCAGUGAGUCAUCCCUUGACUUUUCAAAUGACAGAAUUUUUUCCAGUUGUAAAAUUAGCACUGUAAAACAAAGAACAAAAGUGGCAUCCUAAGAGUUGUUAAACCUGAAGUCUAGUUUAUGAGGAAUUGUCCAAGUUGGAGUUUAAAUAGUAUCUGCUUUUGUCUCAAAGCAUCUAAGUUACUCUGACAGAAAAUGGUAAGUCAGCUUUGCAGGCAGAUGCACCUCUGGGCCUCCUGCCUUGCUCCACAGCUUUCUGGCCAUCUUUUCUCCCAGGCCAUGCCACUGCUCUGCCACAGGUCAGCAAAUUUCUUUCCACCAGUCUUAUAGCAUCUUACCUGAUCAAAUCAUCACAGAAUAACCCCGUGAUAGAUUAUUGAUAGCAAUAGAGAGGUGCUUUGUCACUGAUUUUUCUCACAGAUUCCUUUUCCAUCUCUCAUCCAUAAAGGAAGGACUGAAAUCCAAAGGCAUUCUCCUUUUGUACCUACAGUAUCCAGAACCCAUGUGGGCAGCCUUCUGCUUAUGACAAUAAUUGGCCCAUUGCAUGCAGACAGAAUGUCUUCAUAGAGAGAAUGUCAUUAAAUACUUGAAUCUGCAUGACAGUUUGACUUGAAUGCAACAGCAGGAAAAUUUUGCAAGUUACAUAAUUGUAUAUACAGUAGGUUUUCUUAAGUCUCUUCAGUUCAUCCUUUGUAAUUUAUGUGUGUAUCUGUAGUAUUGCGGGCUUUUGGAGAAUAUUCUUACAGGUAGUAUGUCAGUCGUCAAAGAAAAUGCUGUCACCUGCCAUUGUUGUAUUUGUGGGUAUUUAUAGUUGUAUGUAUGUAAAUGCAUCAGUGUGUAGAUUGCGUAUCAGUGUAUGGUACAUGUACAUCAAAAUUAUUUUUGUCCUUAAUCAGUGUGAUAUGAAAAGCAAGUACAACCUCAUAGGACUGAUUAUAUAAUGAAGUUGUUGAGAGUAUAUAUAGUGGUAUUGUUUUAUUCAACUUAAAUUCAAAUAAUAUUUUGAUUAAAAAUUUUAAUAAGACUUUAUGCUAGAAAAUUCUGUCCUUGAGCUUUGAAUCACCAGGGCAAAAAUGACUUUGAACUAACCUUGUGAAUCUUUUGCAGUGUACUGUGUGCAAUACCAAGGGCAUAGCUCCCUGUAAUUUGGGAAAUACAGAAAGAAAAGAAAAAAAAAAAAAGGCAGCCUGUGCAGUCUUAGUAACUUUAGUAUUAAGAGCACUUAAAGUCAAACUGACAAUUUUGGGCUUAUUACAAAAUGUGAUGCUUUAAAGCACACGUUCUUUAUUGUUGUUGUAAUUAGUCCAUAAAAAAUAUAGCUUUUGGAAGAAUUAAGUACCCACCGUAUCAUUUAUGUAUUUGUGUAUGUUUUACGGGAGAUCAAACCACUCUCGUGGUGCCGCAUCCGUACUCGCUUGACUUGGAAGAAAUACCACAAGCACUAAAGUAUAUCAGGGCAUCCCAGGAUUGGGUACUGUAUCCUAGGUUUGCAGUUGCACAAAUUAGCAUCUAGUGUCACAGGUAAAAGAAUUUCAGGACCAGGUUUAAACUUUAUUUUAAAUAUUUUUAUACUUAGGUCUCUUUUUCCUGCCUCUCCCCAAAGAAGAGCCACUGGCCUUAGUUGUUUGAGCUUACUGCUUAUAUUAUAGAGUGUAAAUAGAUAACUAGAGACUAAAAUUUUAUUAACCAGCAUGUUUGGUAUAUUUAAAGCAGUGACUGAGUGUGUUUGAGUGAGUGGCUGAGUGCAGUGUCUUUUGUUUAAACACACUGCCUCAUGUCUUUGUAGCUGAUUCAGAGAGUUUGAAUUGUGGGGUGGGAGACUAACUUCAGCUCCAGGCUGCAGUAAUGUGUUGGUAGUUACACCUGAGGCGUUUUUUUUUGUUUGUUUUUGUUUUUGUUUUUAAUUAACUCUAUAGUCUCAAACUAUUUUUGCAAAUAUAUCAUUUUUCCUAAUUGGUUCUUGACGUGCAGUGGACUGGCUCUGUGAAUGAUUGGCAGGGUCUUAGUUUUGCGAGAGUAUUUCCUUCUAAGAAUUAUUGUGAUCUGCAGAAACAGCCAUUUGAUUCAAAAAUCAUGUAGAAAAGGAGUAGGAGAAACAAAAUGUUUCGUUUUUGGGCCUUAACCAUUUGAAAUGUUUGGACUUUAACAUAAAGCCAUGGAGUUUAUAAAGCCAAGUAACCAUUUGACAUGGAUAAUAAUAUCCACUCUAGAGAGAGUAUAUAUGCACAUUGAUUUUUAAUGCUGUUAAGAUACUUUUGUAAAACUGUAGGAACAAGAGUAAUUAGACCAAAUUGAAGCUUAGGGGACAGUAAACUGGUUGCUUUCCAUUUAGGGUAGCCAUGCUUGUGGUUAAUCCUCUACUCGUGAGAUUUAGAACCAGUUGACUGUCCCCUUAGGUGUAUAAGGAGAAAAGUUGACAUGUCUGGGACCUCUGACAUGUGUACACAUGCUUGCACACAUGCACACACAGUGAAUGUUUUAAGUUAUACAAACAUAAGACCUUAAGAUGCAAAGAGCCAGAAUAUUCUAAAGAGGUGAUGAACAGAGGGGGUGGAAACUGCAUCACAGAUGUUUUCCAAGGGCCAGGGUGGAAUUUGAGCUCUAGUGUCUGACUUUGAGAUGCAUUAUAUUUUUAAGACAUAAAUGAGGGGCUCCAUAUCACAUUCUUUCUUGUGGACCACCAAAUUGAAGACUUUCUUGUAUUUCACAAGCAGCAGCUCUCCAGCAUCUCUCCGUAGCCUGGGUAAAGUCCCAGAAGCUGGUGUGCAUCAUUUUCCAAGGUGGCAGAGCUGCUUGCUCUGCAGAUCAUUCCUUUGAGAGAGGAGUACAAGUGAAGAAACAAGGAGGCACUUCCUGUAGGAGCACUGAUGUGCCUUGUCCACACUCCCCUCUAAGCUUUACUGGUAAGAGAGCUCCGACUGAACAUGCUGAGCGGUUGAGCACUUUUCCAUCAGCAACAACAGCGAGGAUGGAAAUGGAAAGGAACCGAACUAAAAUGCAUUUCCCUUUGCAGGGCAGCGAGCUAAUCUCUUAGGAAUAGUGUUAUAGAAAUAAGCACCCUAACUUCAAUUCCUGCAAAUGUUGGUUAAUGGAGAGAAUUUUGGAGUUUCACUUAAUAUUUUCCCAUCAGUCGACAUAAAUAAGUCUUCGGACGCUCCUGGAAGAGUCCCAGCCCAAGGCUCGAUUAAGGACCACACUGCAGGUCUGAGGCUGACUGCUCUGAGUCCUGAAUACCAGAGCCCUGCAGAGGGUGGUGAUAACGCAUCAUCUCUGCAAAGAGGAGCCUCUCCCCCGGCCGCCACUUCACUCAGGCUUCUACUGAGCAGCAAGGACAGCCUGGGUUUCAAAUGCCACUUCCCCUGCUUUAGGGAUCCAGGUGUCCUGAUAGCGUGACCCUGCUGAGGCAAGGUAUCAACUCCAAGAGUGACUGAGUCACUGAGCGUGGCACAUGAACAGACGUCAUGACAAAGAUUCUCUGAGUGAAAUUAACACCACGUAUUUUACCUUUGCAAAAAACAAACUGGCACACUGAGCUCUAACCACAGAUGGACGAUAUCUUUGCCUCCACACCCAGAUUCCUGGAAAUGGCUAACAUUUCCUUUCUGGGGGAAGGGUCAAGGAACACUCAAGUGCUAGCUUAGCAGCUUUGUUCAGUCCAGAUCAGAGCUGUUAGGUAAAGGCCUAACCACCUCCCUGCAGUCUCUUCUAUCUCAAGUUUUAGGAACCCAUUUCUAGAGCAGAAAUGUACACUAGCGGAGAAUUUAUAUUGUCGGCCUUGAUUACCAUAGGACAGGCAGAAAAGCGAUAAUUUGUAUCUGUUAAUAUAAAGAAGCUUUUAACUUUUCCAGCCUAUUAUAAUAACUGAGUUAUAUUCACUGUGGCUCAAACUGAUUGGCAUUGUGGAACAUUUCUUUACCUUCAAAGUUUUCUCCACCAAUCAUUUCAGUUCUAUUGCAGUCCUGGUGCCAUAUGUCCCCUGCAAAUUGUGAAAGUAAUUAGUGACAAAAUAGCAACCUGCUCCUUUUCAAUGGCGAAACUGUCGGCAUUAGCAGAUUUGGGUAAGCUAGCGGUACUAUAACACGUACUGGAAACCUGUUCCUCAUCACCACCUACCAGAUUCUGGAAAUGCCAUCUUCUAGAAAACGAUGGCAUUUAUGGUGGUCUUCUUUUGAAUGGAACAGUAAUUUGUGUGGAUAUUGUUAAAGUGUUUAAAGAAUAUUUUGACAAUUAAGUUUACAUUUUACAAUUGCUUUAUUUUUUAUUAAAAUAGUUGUAUAUAAAUAUUACCCUAUUUCACUGUUGUUCAAGUAAAGCUAAACCUCGUAGACAAGUGAGUCACCUGAUAUGUAUAGAAGCUGUGAUAUAUAGAGUACAUUUAUUGUGUAAAUGUUUAUGAAUAUAAUUGUUCCUGUGUUUUUAUAAGUUGGGGAUAUUUUGUUGUUUUACAGCAACAAAAUUUAUUGCAUUUAAAUGGUUUUUAUGUAAUAGAAAUCAUGCAAAAUAGUGAAGGAUUUAAAAUAUGUAUAUGAUAUAUGUAAAUGUACAAACUUUAGAAAGAAAUAAAUCCAACAAAUUUCAAUCA